GCUAUUUAUUAGUGUAUACAGACUUAAAAUAUGUACCUCAGAAGCGUGUAUGUACUAGCCAAACAGAAGCACAUACUACGCGAGUAUAAAUCAAUCGCUUUAAUUCACCUUUCGCUUAAAUAAAAGCGCAUACCUAUCUCCAAUAUCAUAACAUCAAAAACAUUCUUACGCACAAAACCGAGGUACACGCAUUAUCCAAUUCAUUUGCACUUACAGUAUGGCAGUUGAGACAGUAAAGGCUUUGGAUACUAAUACAGAAGCUAUCUUGAUCAGAUUAGUACGAAUGGAAAAUGCUGUUUAUGGCUCAAGUAACGAAGGCCAGCACAAUACAAGCGUUACAGAGACCACGGACAUAAAAAUAACCGAGUUGAGUAGAGUGCUGCAAAAGGUGGAUCCCAAGCGUGAUUUACAGGCUAUCACUACCUUCUGUCAACGUAUAGACCGCACAAUCAGAAGCGGUGAGAUAGUGCGCGAUGACGCGAAACUCCAGAUUGUACUUGCCAGCAUCGACGAUCUCCACAGAAGGGCUGCCUUGGUAACCGAGCUACAGACUAGUGUCAGAAUACUCGACGAGAAUAGUGCGGCCGCCGAUGCAAAGACAAUCAAUCGGUUACAUGACCUGGCACGCGCACAACCAGAUUGCACUUCCUCUGUAGAGCAAUUGAGCGAUCGGGUCGAAGUUGUAUUACGCGAGUACAAUGAAAUGGUAAAUUUACUUUCUGAAGCUUUCAUCCGGUGGGAUGAUAUCGUGAGGGAAGCAGAGAAGAAAUACAUGCCCAGGCGUAGCUGA